AUGGAAAUUCUGCCUGAACAGCCAGCAGUAUUACCCUACAGGCCCAGAAGGAUGGACCCCAAUCCAUUCCCCCCACCUGCAAGAGGAAGGAGAGGCAGAGGGGGAAACUACCCUUAUGCUAACAAUGACAGAAACAGGCAGGGGGCAAACUGGAGGAACCACCCAGGCCUGGAAGAGCCGGAGGAGCACAGGGAAGAAGUUCUGCCUAGACCAUAUAGGGCAGAACCACGAUUUAAUCAUGCCCAGCCAGAACAGGGACAAAACCUCAUCCCCUGUUAA